AUGUUCAAGAGCGGGAUUUCCUCCUUCGCCCGCGCUGCCCGCCCGUCCUUCGCGACGGCGGCUCUUAGCCGUGCCAUCCGACCUGCUUCCAUCCGAUUCCCCCUCAACAGCAGAUUUGCGAGCACCGCUGGUGUUGGUGAUGGCAAAAUUUACCAGGUCAUUGGUGCUGUCGUCGACGUCAAGUUCGACACCGCCAAGCUUCCCCCUAUCCUGAACGCUCUGGAAACCCAGAACAACGGCCAGAAGCUCGUCCUCGAGGUCGCCCAACAUUUGGGUGAGAAUGUUGUUCGCUGCAUUGCCAUGGACGGUACUGAGGGUCUCGUCCGUGGCGCCAAGGCCGCUGAUACCGGUGCCCCCAUCACCAUUCCCGUUGGCCCUGCCACUCUCGGUCGUAUCAUCAACGUCACCGGUGACCCCAUUGACGAGCGUGGUCCCAUCAAGAGUGACAAGUUCCUGCCUAUCCACACCGAGCCUCCGGCAUUCGUCGACCAGUCGACUUCCGCUGAGAUUCUGAUUACCGGUAUCAAGGUCGUCGAUCUGCUUGCCCCCUACGCUCGUGGUGGUAAGAUUGGUUUGUUCGGUGGUGCCGGUGUCGGCAAGACUGUGUUCAUUCAGGAGCUCAUCAACAACAUCGCCAAGGCUCACGGUGGUUACUCCGUUUUCACUGGUGUUGGUGAGCGUACCCGUGAGGGUAACGAUCUGUACCACGAGAUGCAGGAGACCUCUGUCAUUCAGCUGGAUGGCGAGUCCAAAGUCGCCCUGGUGUUCGGUCAGAUGAACGAGCCCCCCGGUGCCCGUGCCCGUGUCGCCCUGACUGGUCUUACUAUCGCCGAGUACUUCCGUGAUGAGGAAGGUCAGGACGUGCUGCUCUUCAUUGACAACAUUUUCCGUUUCACUCAGGCUGGUUCUGAGGUGUCCGCCCUCCUCGGUCGUAUUCCCUCCGCUGUCGGUUACCAGCCUACCCUCGCUGUCGACAUGGGUGGUAUGCAGGAGCGCAUCACCACCACCAAGAAGGGCUCUAUCACCUCCGUCCAGGCCGUUUACGUCCCUGCUGAUGACUUGACUGAUCCCGCCCCUGCCACCACUUUCGCCCAUUUGGACGCCACUACCGUCCUGUCCCGUGGUAUUUCCGAGCUGGGUAUUUACCCCGCUGUCGACCCUCUCGACUCUACCUCCCGUAUGCUCGACCCCCGUAUCGUCGGUCAGGACCACUACGACACCGCUACCCGUGUCCAGCAGAUCCUCCAGGAGUACAAGGGUCUUCAGGAUAUCAUUGCUAUUCUGGGUAUGGACGAACUUUCUGAGGCCGAUAAGCUCACCGUUGAGCGUGCCCGUAAGAUCCAGCGUUUCCUGAGCCAGCCUUUCACUGUUGCCCAAGUUUUCACUGGUAUCGAGGGUGUUCUCGUUGACCUGAAGGACACGAUCGCUUCCUUCAAGGCUAUUCUGAGCGGUGAGGGUGAUAGCCUUCCCGAGGGUGCCUUCUACAUGGUUGGUGAUCUCGCCUCCGCCAGAGCGAAGGGUGAGAAGAUUCUUGCCGAUUUGGAGAAGAACAAUUAA